AUGUCGCUACCCAAGCCGGUGCUGAGAGGUCUUCUGGCAAAACGGCUGCGCUUUCACCUGCCCAUUGCUUUUGGGCUGUCCAUCCUGGUAGCCGUCGCCUUCAAGUACACUGUGACGGAACCUCGCAAGAAAGCAUACGCAGACUUCUACAAACAGUAUGAUGCUGUUAAGGAGUUCAACGCCAUGCGGGAAGCCGGAGUCUUCCAUAGCGUGCGGCCCAUCGGAGAGCAGCCCGCUGAAGAGUAA